CAUCGCAUCUGUCUAGAAGGGAUAUGUUGUAUUCAAUUUCUGAAUUUUUGGCAUAGCGUCAGUGAUUAUAAAUUUAGACGAUUCCAUUGUUUUUAUUUAAACUGUCAUUAGAAAACAGAUUUUCCGGUUUCAGUUUGACAGUGGACAAUAAAACUUUAUUAUUUUGUUUUAAAGCUACAGAUACUCUUCUAAAUGGAAGAAGGAAUACCUGUUGUAGAUCUUGAUUCAGACUCCUCGUCGGGUCUUCCAGAUGUUAAUGAUUUUUUUUCGGAUACUUCAACAUUUGAAGCAACAAAGCUAAAAAAGGAUGAUGUAGUAAUGGAAGAAGAAAGACCUGUUGCAGAUCGUGAUUCAGACUCCUCGUCCGGUCUUCCAGAUAUUAAUGAUUUUUUUUCGGAUACUUCAAAAUUUGAAGCAGCAAAGCUAAAAAAGGAUGAUGUAGUUUGGGCUGAAUAUAAAGAUUUAUUCUGGCCUGCUAUUGUAAGAAAUGUAGAUAAAAAAAACAAAAAAGUUAAUGUUUGGUACUUGGAUUCUGUUGGAAAAUCUUUUAAACUGCCCUUCAGGAAGAUUCGCGGCUAUAACGAUGGCAAUGUUUAUAUGCAUAAUUUUAAGAAUCUUGAAAAUAAUCCACUUGAUGAAAAGCAUAGACGUGUUCAUACCAGAACCGAGCACUUUUUUGACAGAAGAAAGCGUGGUAUUAAAGACAAUGUAAUUGAAUUUUUUAAUCUUUCAAGGCCUGUUUUUCUGUUUGACGAGAUCCCUGAAAGUUCGGAAUGUAAUAAUAAAAAUACAUCAGCUCCUGAAAGUUCAGAAUUUAAUACUGAAAAUGCAUCAACUCCAGAAAGUUCAGAAAUCAAAUUCAGUAGUGACAAUACAUCAGCUGAAAAAAUUGAAGAUGUAAAUGUUAAUUUGGAAAAGAAUUCAGAUACUGAAAGUUCAGUCAAAAAUGAUUCAGAUGGUGAAAGUUCAGUCAAAAAUGAUUCAGAUGGUGAAAGUUCAGUCAAAAAUGAUUCAGAUGGUGAAAGUUCAGUCAAAAAUAAUGUACAGAAUAAUACCAGUGCUGAUUCUCCAAACGUUUCCAAACCGCCUAGUCCUUAUAGCGAUGAAAUGGUUGAAAAAAUUGUAUCAUAUAUUCAAGCAGGUCAUCUUAAUAAGUAUCUUUUGGAUGUUUUUAACUGCACGAUUAAAAAUGAAAAACAUGAAAGAUAUAUGAGAGCAUUGGAGAAGGAUACAACAAGAACAUUGUGGUUCGGCGCUCCAUCACAUGUACCCAUAAGCAAUGAGAAAUUGCUACCUGUUACAUUUUACCUUUAUAAACUUUUUGAAAGAGAGAUUGGAUCACGACCUUUUAGGAAUGAAUAUAUAAUAAUGGUAUGGUUGCCAGAGGCUGUUAAGAAAGCUGCAUCAUUGUUUAAUGAGGAAUCAUUGCAAUUGCCCGAUGAUGCAGAUACUGAGGUGUCUAAUUCCCUUUCAGAAGCAAAAGCAUCUGAUUUACUGGUUAAAUCAGUUAGCAGCAAUGUAUCAUUUCCAGUAGAAUCACCAGAAUCUACUUCAGUUCAACUGGGAUUAUCCGAAUCGGCUUCUACUUCAAGUGUAACUCAUUCCUUUACUAGACCAAAAAGAAAACUUGCUUCUGUUUCUUCAUUGCUGAAUGAUGAUUCUAAUACACCAGACAUGGAAGCAUGUACUUCCAAAAAGAAGAAAUCUACUGAUACAAAAAGACAAGAAGUACAGCCUGAAGUUCGCAGGUCUUUAAGAAGCACUACUGCUCGGAAAAUGGCUGAAUCUCGGGAAGAAAGUUUGGUUGCAAGCACUCCAGCCGUAAAAGCUUCAAGAAAUAAAGCAUCAGUUUCCAAAAUGUAAUUUACUUUCAAGUUGAUGGCUGAGAUGCAAAGUAAUUCUCAGAGUUAUUCUUGUUGAAUCCUGUAGCUAAGGACUGAGGUGCUUUGUUUUGAACAGAAACCAAAUCAGUGACUUGGAGAAGUAUAACCUUUUUUUAGAUCAUACUGCAUACAAACCAUUUUUGGAAUUGUAAAAAUUUAUGUACAAAUAUUAACAUUUUAUCUGUGUUUGUUGUAUCCUUUUAAAUUAGGCACACCCAUUUGAAAUCACAUGCCUGAGUCAUUCCAUAUCAAAUUAGCUAUAAAAAUUUAAAAAAAAAAAAGUUUGACACAUCUCGAAUUUUGAUGAAAUUCUCCAUGUUUAUUAAUUUCCUAGACAAGAAUAAUUAGGAUUUUUUUUUUCUUGUGGCUUAAAUUAUUUAAAUUUUACUGCCUGUUAAAUUUUAGGAAUUUUGUGGUUUCUACUGAUCCGACCUAGAAAACUAAAUUUGUGUUUGGAUUGAAAAUAAAGCAUGUCUUAUUUGCUUAUCGAUCAACUUGAUGAUGCUUUUUAUAAACAUGCAUCAAUAUAUAUUUAUUUCAGAAAAAAAAAGAAAAAGAAAAAAGCUGCCGAGUAUAUAUAUAUGGUCAGAAAAAAAUCCUUUAGUUUAUCUGUAUAGUUUUUGAUAUAAUAUGGAGUUCUAUUCUAAUGAAGUAUCUUCCACAAGCAAAAAUAAUAAUAAAAAGUAUUCUUGUUUCUAAACAAUUUGCUCCACCUUAUGAAAAAAUAGAAUCAAUGUUAAAAAAAAAAUAAUUAAAAAAAAACCUUCAUUUAUAUUUAACUUCAUAAAAAAAAUAAUUUUAAGAUUUGUUUGUUUGCAGUGUAUUAAAUUCAAAGUUCUUUUUGUUUAAAUACAGACAUUUUACUUGAAAAAUUAUAAAAAAGUAAUCACUUAUUUAUAUUGCAAACUAGACCUCAGGUAGCAAUAUUUUAAAACAAAUCAUUUCGAUAAAAUUUUAACUGCAAAGCUAGGCUUUUGUCAUGUUUCUUGGAAUGGAAAAUGCAUUGUUAUAAAACUCGCCAUUAAAAAUAUUUUAAAUUCAAGUUCCAUUGUUCUUUAGAUUUCUCAUGUGUCUUUGAAACUUGUCUGGACACAUUAUUCAUUCUUGAGAGCAUUGUUAAGUUUUUUCUGUCAUUGUUUUUAGUAGUUACAUAAUUGUAUUAACAUGCAAGAUAGAUUCCAUAUGCAUUUUCACUUUGGGUAGAAAAAUGAUGGUGAUGGUCUGUGCAAAUCUAAAAACCUUAUACAGACAUUCUUCUGCAUUUACCUCUGCUGCAUUCUGCUUCUUCUUCUUCUUAUUUUUUUUUUAACCUUGUCUUGGAACAUUUUAGUCUUAUAAAUAAACUAAUAAGAUGUAUUGAAAGACUUAUUUUUCCUAAGUAGAAAUUGUUAGCAUUUGAAUCAUUUUUAAUGUUUAAUCUUAAUUAUUUUUUAACUAUACCAAUGAACUUUUCCUGAUCUUCAAAUUCAUUUAUCAUACUUUCUUGUCUGAGUGAGUGAGUGUGAGUGUGUGUCACUCAGUAAAUCAGUUUCAUUUUACAUUUUUGUUUUUACAUUUUCAUAUACAUGUUGUAUUUUUCUUUACUGUAAGAUGAACUCAUGUAUUUAACCCUAUGAACCCCAACCGACCAAUAUCGUCUGUUCGACAGGGGCCUGACUCAAGCGCUUAAAUGAGUUUUAAGGGGUGAAAUUUAUAAACAUUUUAUUUUGAUUGCCAUAUGUUUUUCAGUUUAUUUUAUGCAUAAGAUAUUAACAUUUUUAGUAUGUUUAUCCAUAAAAGAAAUUUCUUUCAUUCCUCUUUAUUUACUUAUUUUUAAUUGCACUUAUUAUUCAAAUAUUUAGCUCGUGUUUUCUUUUCUGACACUUUAUUUAAUUACGAAUCGAUUUUUCUAAAUUUAUUACUUUAAUUUGCUUUCCCAAUUAGAUAUUAAAUUAAAAAUUUUGACCAUUGCUCUUUCUUUCCUCAACUUUCAUAAUUAAUGCAUUUUAAAAAAAAAUAUUUUGACUAUUAAUUAAAAUCUACCACUGUAUAAAAUUUAGAAAUAAUAAUGAAAGUAAAAUUUGAUGCAUUCAGUUUCAAUUUUGAUGAAACUUCUGUGAAAAGAAUUGAAAAAUUAUGAACCGAUCGAGAAAUGAAAUCUGCUAAAACUACAUAUAUUUAUUAUUUAUUUAUCAAAAAUUUCCCAAUUUUAUAGAAAUACAAAAAUUUUGCUGUAUUUGUAUAAAUGUAUAUUUAUUAUGUCUUAAUUAUUAAAUUAGGUAUGAAAUUUAGUUUUAAAUCGGAGACUAAUUUGAAUUGCUGAAAGAAUUCUACAAGACUGAGAUAGAAUUUUUUAUGAGAAUUAAUAAAAUAAUCAUUUGAGCAAUCGAUAACAAUAAAAAAUUUUUUCUGUUAGAUAUCACCAGUGUAUGCCCCCCCCCCAAAUUAUGUACUUUAACUGCUAAUAUGAAGAUCCAUUUUUUUCUUUCUUUUUUGCAUAAAAUUGUGUUAAGAUACCCUUCAGGCUCAUCUUUACUGAAUUAAUUUUGUAGAGAAUUAAAUAUACAAAGCUGAAUGGAAGAGAUUUUUACAAAUUGCAUUUUAUAUUAUUACUGAUAUUUGGAAGUUAGAAAUAUGUUUUAAAUUUUAUAUUGGCAAAAUAAUUUUGCAUUAUUUUGGAAAAAUAAUAUAUUUUAACAGUGCAUUUUUUAAAACUUUUCAUUGGGCUCCUUAAAGUUUUUCGAGCCACAAACUCCUUGUUUAAUAUUGCACUAUAUCUAUAAAGUUUGUAAAAAUAUUAUUGAUGAGUUUCAAAAAGCAAAUAAAAGCAUGCAUGUUUUUAAUUAUGAAAGCAUGCAUGCAUUUCAUAAUUAAAAACAAUCUUACAUUUUCAAGAUUCUUGUCGCCAGUUUCCUGUUCAUUGAAGAUUUCUUGAUAAUUUUCAUAUGCUGUAUAUAAAGUUUUAAGAAAUUUUUUAAAAAAUAAUUCUAAAGAACGAACUUAAAAUACAAACUUUUUUUUAUCAUCAAAUCUUUUUAUACUUCUUAAGUACGGAAGUAUACUACUUGAAAAAGAAGAUUUAAACAUAAUAAUGUUUUAUGUUUUAUUAAUUUAUCCUUAUUUUAAUUUUAAUAUUUACUCUUAAUUAUAUGGCAGUUUUAAAAUGCGAGCAAAUAAAAUGUAUCCAAAAUCGUCGAAACAUGCGUGAGUGUAAAUUCAGCAACAACAUGUUACACAAAUCCAUCCCUCAAACCACAAACGACAACCACAGGAGGUAAAACUGACCACACAUUUCACUUAUAGCUCAAUAGAUAUCUCCUUCCUGUUCCCCUUCUCUGAAGGGAAAGACGAUUCCACUCUGUUUUCGUCCACAAGAAACGAGUCAAGACUUUGAGGCAGUCGAAUUUUCGCACUAGCCUUGCUCAUAGAGUUAAAUCCAUGCAAUUUCAUUUGGAAACAUCUAACUUCAUGGAAUAAGCAAUUUAGUAUAUAAAUUUCAUUUCUUUUCUAACAAUUCUUCAAGAUUAUAUCUUUCAAGUCAUGAGGUUCACCAGCUUGGGCAUGUAAGCUAUUUUAACAUUACUCUCAAUAAUUUGUUUGAUUUUUAGUAGCUUGUUCCAAUAAAUUCCACAAAGUUUUUGUCCUAGUUUCACUUUGAAAACCUUUCACAAAAUUUUCCUGCACUGUCCUAUAGUUGCAACUUAAAGUAUUUCUAUAUUUGAAGUUUUGUUUUUCUAAAAAAAAGAGAAAGAAAAAAAAGAAUCUCAAUGUUUAAUUUAUAAAAAUUCAUAUUUUUGGAAAAUAGAUUUUGAUAAUGAACAAUAACGAAUUUGAACUCAUAAAGUGUUUCAAUAAUGUGGUCCCCCCCCCCCUCUUUUGACAUGUUUUAACAAAUGAAUAUGGCCAUGACUAUUUUUCAAGUAAUGCUGCAUUUUUCCAAUAUUCAAAAAAUAAUGAACAAACGAUUCUUUGCAAAUAACAUUAAUUUUAUGAAUAAAGCAAAAAUGGUAUACAUUUAUUAUACAAAAUGGUAUACAUUAUAUUAUACAAAAAUGGUAUACAGUUGUUAAUCAGAUAGUUACUAUGCAACAAAAUCUAGGCAGCUUAGUUAAAAUCUAAAUCAUGUAGGAAUUGCACCAAGAAUGCAUCUGCUAUUCAUGUAUAUUAUACUGAUGAUAAUCUGUGAUUGGCUAAUUAAUGAAUACAAUUUCUGCCUUCUGAGAAUGCAUCCUUAUUUACUCAUACAAAUAAGAGUUAACUCUUUGUUAUUUGUUUAUGCCUGCUCAGAAGACAGAGAACCAAUUGGUUUAGGUACAACUUGAAGGGCCUGAUUGAUUUCAAUAAUACUUCUUGAAAUAGCAUUUCAUUAGUUUUUGAAACAAAAUUGAAUUUAAUUUUCCAUUAAUUAGGCCUGAUUGAGAAAACAAGGAAAUCAAUUCUCAUUUCUGAAUCUCAAUUUAGAUAUAAUUUUGGAUAUCAUAUUUUAUAGCAUUUAUGUAUUUUUCUUUACAGGCCUCACAGAAUUAAUAAAUUUGCUCUAUUAUUUUAAUCAUGUACUGCCAAACUUUUAUCUAAUUUUAUGUGUGUUUUUUUAAGUUCUUUUUUAUAUGUAGAAAAUGGUUCUGAUUUUCAAGUCAGUAAAAAUGAAGCUGGACUGAAAAAAACAUUCAUUUUAUUUUUUCAUGUGGUAAGAGAUAUUUUAGGGCAAAGAAUUUUUUUUAAAAAUUAUUAAUCUUUUCACUUUUGAUGAUAUUUUACUUAACAUGGAGCUUCAUAUUUUAUUUUCAAAACAGCUUUUCAGGAUUUUUAUUUCCCCUCUGACCAUAUACCAGGGUGUGUAGUGUCGUGAAAAGCACUUAAAUUUUGAAAUCAUUUUUAAGCAACCUAAAGGUGCUUACUUUUUAGAAAAGGUUCUUAAAAAGUGAAGGCAAAUAAAGCUUUUCGUUUUGUUUUGUUUCCCCACAAUUUGAAUACGAUAGUUGGAAAUCAUGGUCGUAAAGACUGGUUUACCGGAUGUAUCAAAAAAGGAAAACAAACAAAAGGGAAGAAUUCGAAGAAGUAUUCCAGGGGUUCCAGUAUAUAUUAAGUUUCGCUUAAUGAUUCCUUUACCCUCGUCCCUUUUUGUGCUCUCUCUCUCUCUCUCUUUUUAUUUUAUUUUUUUGUCUCCGGCCCUUUGCUUAUAGGUUAAAAAGCAGGUUUUCAUUAAAUUUUUGGAACGUUAAACAUUAAAAAGACUUACUACAUUUUAGAAAUAAGAGGUUAUAAGACAAUUUUUUUUUAGUCUUAUUAUUUGUGAAUGCUGCUAUUAAUUUUUAUUAAAAAUUGUUUUAAAAAGUUCUUUAGAACGUGGCAUUGUUCUAUCAUCAAUUUCAUUGCAGUUUUGCCAGUCGUUGAUGAUAGCCAUACGAAUGCUUUAGAUUUAGCCUUAGAAGAUUGCAAAUAAAAUUAAUUAAUAGAAUGAGUACUUCUCAGAAUGAUUACUUAAUACUCUUUUCAUCUCAGCCAUGUUGGAUCUUAAUUGUUGCUUAUAUGAAAAUCAAAUAUAAAAUUCAUGGUCAUGCUGAGCUUCUAUCUACAUCACUGUCGGCAUUUUCAGAAAUGUAUCUAUCUUUUAUUUUAAGAAAUGUUGAAAAAGCUUUAUUUUUAUGUUUAAAAAGUUGAUUUAAUUUUUUUUAAUAUUAAUAGUGGGUUUUUUUAAAAAACUUUUAUGAUCAUUUCUAUGCUUUUGUCAAAUCCCAAAAAGCAUAAUUUUAAGUUUUUUUUUUCAAUAAAGUUUAUGCAUUAUUAUAAAACAUAAAAACAUAUUAUGCUUAGAAAAUAUGCAUUUUACACAUGCAUACUUAUACAAAGGUACUUAAUUUUGGGGGCUAAGCUGCUUUAAAAGUAAAUUUUUGCAGCAGUUUGUCACUACACACACUGUAUACAGAUGCUUACAGGUAUAGAUGUUUUUUCAUGGGUGAUUCCUUAUAUUUUAAAGUUUAUUCAAAAAAAUUUCAUCAACAUUAUUUCAUAAAUAAGGAAGAUAGUUUUUCUUUAAAAAAACAAAUUACACCUAGCAGCAGGUCUGAGCAGUAAAAACUGAGAAAUUCUGAAGAACUUUUAACAAGCUAUAGAAUUUAAACACUUUUCAACUGAGCAAAAAUAUUGUGCAUCUACUUAAAUUUCUAAGCGGAACCAAGACACCGGGCGUCAUUGCAGUCUGAGAUCAUGGGUGUCAUAAUGAAGUGAAUUGAUCUGGAAAGACCUGCUCUCUAUUUUUCAUAUAUCUAUUAUGGUAAAUUUAUCAAAAUGCUAAAGUCCAUUUUUUCAAAAUCUGUUGAAACAACAUCAUUCAAAUUGAAUGGCUAAACAAAAUAGAAUAUCUGCAUUGAUUUUCCUGAAAAGUUAAAUUCUUGAUAUAUAUGUAUCAUAUUCCAUUAAUGCAGUAUUGUGUUCAUUAUUAAAAAAAUAAGAAAAGAAGACCUAUUGUAUAAUGUUAACAUAUUAUAAACUAUUGCUGCUUUUCCAUAAUGAACUAAAAUAUUUUAUUUGUUCAGUUAUAAGCAAAUAGUAGGAGUGAGUGUUUGUCACCUCUGUAGUUUGUAGAAAAUUAUAUUUAAAUUUGUUUCCAAAAUCAAAAUUGAAAGCAAAGAAUUCACUUUCAUUUAAUUUUCAUUCUUUAGUAUAUAACUGUGUUUCUUUUGUUAUUAUUUGUGAAUCUAUUUAACCCUUUGACUACAGAAUUCUUAAAAUCCUUUCUUCAUUAUUUUAUAUGCAGAUGAAAAAAAAAGUUCGAUAUAAGUGCGAAUUUUUUUCUAUACGAGUUUUAACUCAGAAGAUGAGAUAUAACUGUCAUAUAAUCCCAUCAAACUGCUUUUGCCAAGAAUCAUUUAAAAUAAUUUUAAAUGGUUAGUAGGAUGUAUUUGUCCCAUUAGUAGUCAAAGGGGUAUGGCUUCAUAAGAUAUUCCAUAACUUUACAUUCUUAAUUACCAUUGAGAUUUUCCCCUUCUUUACAAGCUUUACAUAGUUGUUAUUCAGCACAUGAUUGAUUUACUUGCUUCAAUGGUUGAAAAUUUUCUGACAAUCAGCCUAUUAAUUUAGUUUGUUAAUUACAUUUUAAAACCAUUAUUUUUAUCUGGUUUUAAUGAAAGAAUCUUCUUGUGACAUAUCCUUUAAACCUAUAAAAUGAAAGUGUUUUAAAUUAUUAUGUACCUUAUACAUCGUGAGAACAAUUUAGUGGUUAGGUUUAGUAGUAGUAGCGUGUGUGUGUGAUAAUUCUUGUAUUAUUGUUACUUGUUUUUUCCAGAUACAGAUUGCUUUAAUCUCUGCAUUUACCAUUUUUUCCUUGAUGAUAUUUGAAAUACUUUGUAAAAUCGCAGUGGGUGUACAAAUUUAUGGAAGGUGAAUUUUUGCAUUAUUCAAUUAAGGAUAUCAUGAAAUGUAUCUUUAACAAGAAUUUGUAUCUUAUUAUAUUUUAAUUUGUCUUUCUUUCCAGUAUCAUUUGCAAUUAAAUUAUAUCAUUAUGUUGUACAGUUAUUAGUAAUGGCCAUAUUUUUUGUAUGUACAAUUUUAGUAGUAGUGUAUAUAUGAGUAAUAUAGUAGUAGUGUAUAUUAGAUUUAGUAGUAGUGUAUAUGUGAUUAUAGUAGUAGCUUAUCUUGUAUUGUUGUUACUUGUAUUUUCCAGAUACAGAUUGCUUUAGUUUAAUUCUAUUUUUUUUUUUUCUUUGUCAUAUUUAAAAUACUUUGUGCAGUCACAGUGGGUGUACAAAUUUAUGGAAGGCAAAUUCUUGCAUUGUGCAAUUAAGAAUAUCAUGAAAUGCAUCUUUAACAAGGAUUUGUAUCCUAUUAUAUUUUGUUGUUGUUUUUUUCCUAGUGUCAUUUGGUAAUUAAAUUUGCCAUUUAUAUCAUUAUGUUUUACAGUUAUUAGUUAUAGCUUUAUUUUUUAAUUUAUUUUAUUUUGAAGUACUUGAUACAAAUAAUGCAAUCUAGUUUUCUUUUGCUCUUUCAUGUUCAUGGUGCUUUGUAUGAUAAAUACUUUAAUUCCAUCUUCAUUUCAUAUUUUUCAUACCGAAUGCAAACAAUGUUUUUCUUUUUUCAUUGUUUUUGUGUUAUGUGAUACUUAAAAAAUUUGCCAUUGCAAGUGUUUUUGUUUUUUGUCUAUCCUUCAUUGAGGCAUGUAUUAGAAGUUUUACAGUUAGUUCCAUGCUUUAUCUAGAACUGAAAUAUGUCCAUAUACAAGGUGUCUCAAAAACCUUGACCGUGGUUUUUAUUCCUUAAAUAUAGAUCAUAGAUAUAUACUGUAAAUUACAAAGUUGUGUAAAAAAAAGUGUAAAAUGUUAUGAAAUCGAUUAAAAUUUUCAUCGGAUUAAACUUCAAAAAGUACAAAAUUUAAAUUUUUAUACGGACCCUAUACAAAAAAAAAAUUCCCAAUGAGUAAAAUGCGCCCCCAUCCUCCAAUAAGGUCAUGUACAAAAUUUCAACAAUUUAUCAAAAACAAAUCUCCAAAGAUAUCAGACUACAUAAAUGCUAACUUAUACCACUUUUCGAUGCCUAAAUACGAGUUUGCGAAAACGAAAAGUAAUGUCUGAUGUUCCUGUUUUAGAGGUCGUACACAAAUUAAUAAAGAAAGUACUGAUUGAAUGAAUAAAUAAUAACUUUGCUAUUUAUUGAUUCGAAAGUAUUAAAAAUGUGUAGAAAUAAUAACUUAAAGGAAAGAUUACUUAAAAGGAAAGAUUACAUGAGUUUUUUUACAAGUUCAAUGACUGUGCUAUUUUUAAGUUAUAUUCUGUAAUUCAUGAUAUAAAAUUUUAAAGUAUUUUUCAGGAAACAUAGAUUUUAAAAUUUGUAUUUAAAACUAAAGAUAUGAAGCAUAUUUUAUUUACUUCGGAUGCAUUCCUGUGUCGCGUCAUCUGCACUGAAGCUGUAAACAUUUACAUUUUAAUUUGUGAUUGACCCUUCAUCAAAUUUUUUUAACAUAUAUUUGAGAGUUUUCAUAGUAAAAUUCUGAAAUUUUGUACAUGACCUUAUCAGAGGGUGGGACACAUUUUACUCAUUGGGAUUUUUGGGGGGGGGGGAUCCGUAUUAAAGUUUAACCCCCUGAAAAUUUUAAUCGAUUUCAUAACAUUUUGAAUCUUUUUUUACACAACUUUGUAAUUUACAGUAUAUAUCUAUGAUCAAUAUUUAAGGAAUAAAAGCUGCAGUCAAGAUUUUUGAGACACCCUGUAUAUCAUUCUUCAUGUAUUUACACCUCACUGUAAAAAAUACCAUUGUUGUCUUUAGUCAUCUAUUACUUUCUGAGUUUGAUAAUCAAAGAGAGUGAAUAUUAUUAUUUUUCCAAUACUGGAGAGACUAUUAUUAGAAUUUGUAAAUAAUAUUUAUUCUCAUGAUCAUCAAGCCUGCUCAGAAAUAAGAGGAAUGGUUAGACAUAUCUGUAUAGGUAAGAAAUUAAAUUUCAUGUAAAUUCUUCCUUUCAGUAAAUAUGAUUAUAAUGAAUAGAAGGUCAUAAAUGUACUCUCAAAGCCUAAAUAUAUUGGUUAUCGGUAUAUCCGAUAAAUUAUUUCUGUAAAUGUAAUAUAUUCAUUUAAUAUUUCUUUUCUGUCCAUUUCAAUUUCUGUACUUGAAUGUGAGUUUUCUUCUUGCUAUAUUUGCUUCAUUAAUAAAUGUUGCUAUUUCAUUCAGUAAGAAUUAAAUUUUCAAGCAAUUUCAUUAAAUUCCAGAUAUAAUUUCCAGGAUUGAACUUGAAAACUGAAAUACUAAGUUUUCUCCCCUCUUUUAUUACAUACUAGCCGACUUUGGCGACCAGCCGGUUCGUCAAUCU